AUGCAAUCAAAGAUAGAACUAUUAAAGUUACACAACACAGUCAAUCACAGUAACACCAAAGAUUUUAAAGAUUUUCAACAAGAAUGUCCACUAUGUGCAGUUCAACUCGAUGAUAAAGAUCUACUUAAACAACACAUCUCUUAUUGUUCAAUAUCUUAUAUCAUUCAUAUUGGUGCUAAUCUCGAUCAAUUAUCGAGAGAUGUCAGACAAUAUCACCACCACCACCACCACCACCCAUUAAUUACGAAGAACGUAUAUCCAUCUGUUAUCUUUGUAAAAACUAAAACUAUACUAUUACCUCCAAAAGAAAAAACUGGUCUAAAAGAAACUAUCUUUAUUUAUUUAGACAACGAUGAAGAGAGCAACGUAAUCAAAUUUAAAGAAGAAGUUGACAUUGCCAGACAAAAGAUCAAAACAAAUACAAUCAAAUCACUAAAUCUCACUAUUUGUUAUAACAAUGAAUCUGUUUUGGAAAUAGUAAAGAAUGAAACCAAAAAGGUGUAUGAAGAUAUCAAACAAAGCACAUCAAUUGUUAAAUAUAGAAUCUAUGGACAGAUUCCACAUAAUCUAUUUGUUGAAAGACCAAAUGCAGUCUAUUGGCUUUCUGAUUUACCAAACAAUACCAAACCACUUGUCAUUCUUCCAUCGAUGGUUGAUCAUAUCGAAGAGUAUGAAUUGCGAGCUCGACUUUAUGGAAAUGGAAAAGAGAUUUUACAAUCAUGUAAUGCUUUAAAAGGAUCAUUAAAAUUGAAAACAAUCAAAGUGGGUGAAUUCAAUGCAAGAGCAAUCAAUUCCGAAGCAAUUUGUGGUUUGAUAUCUAGUUGUCCCAACAUCGAUAAACUGAUUAUCACAUCCACUGGAUAUGAUGAAAUAUCAAAACAAAUGGUGCAAUGUAUUGCUGAUGUUUUGAAAAAGAACAAAAUAAAACAUCUACAUUUACUCAUCAGCGGUGAUCACCCAAGAUAUCAACCAAUUUGGGAUGCAUUGGAAACAAAUAAUUCAUUGGUAAAACUAAAACUUUUUUUCGAUGAACAGGAACCACACCCAAUACUCGAAUGCGCAUACAAUUCACUAAUGAAAUAUCUUCAUCCAUCGAAUAUCAAACAACUUUCUUUUGGUAUCAAAUUAAGCGAAUUUCCCGAAAAGCUCCAAUCCCUCCAAUCUUUUGGAUACGCAAACCUACUCUUGGUAAAUGGUAAUGAUCGUUAUCAAGUCAAAAAUGCUGAUAAAUAA